CGAAGGUGUGUGCACGCAUCAAAUCAGAUUUAAUUUUAGUUGGCGCUGUUUAGCUGACUUUUACGCUCAAAAUCAUACCAAAUAAUUUGAAUUGAUUCCCUUUUGUUGGUUUAAUUUGUGUUUUUUCCUGAUUGAUUUCGUGUUGCAUCCGUUUUGUUGAAAUCGAUAAAGAUGUCGAAUCGAGCACGCUUAUUACUGAAUAUGGCCUUAAACAAAAAUCGAAUUAGUAGAAGUAAUGCAGUGAGUCCAGAUAACCUUUUGCAUAAUAACACAGACAAGUUAAGCGAUAAUUUUUACUCAAAAUCCACGCCAUCACAAGAAGACAUGCAGAAUUUGUGUUCAGAGCCAUCAACAUACACAACCAAUACUGACGAUAAAUUACAUUCUUAUCAUACACCCCAGCUAUCUCCACAAAGAACAGAAGAUGAAAGUGAAAUUGACGAUUCAGAUAACGAUCCCGAUUUCAAAGUAACCCCCCGAAAAAAAGGCGUUUGGUUUUUCCAGCUAUCGUGCGACGAUCUUCUUCGUCUUCUACAUCAACCAGUAGCAGCAGUAGUUCUUGUGCGAGCGAUUGCACUGAGUGCCUAAAUAACCAGAAUUCCCUCAAACAACUCAAAAUAAUUCAACAAAAGAAGAACAAAUGAAAAUAUCAAAGAAAAGAUACGAAAUUAAAAUCAACAAAACAGGUGCAACUAAAAUUUUGAAUUUAAUCUUUUAAUAUUGCAUCUAGUUUAACCGGUACUAGAGAAAAUUAAAGAAAUAGCACUAAUGUACUAUGCUAUGCUUUUAAAAUACGGUAAAAUUAAUCAUCACAAAAAUUUGUGUUUUUUUGCGUUUCUCAAAAAUAACAUUUUUUGAGUUAACUCUCUUUAGUGCCCGGGG